AUUUUGAGAGGAAAUCAAGAGGUAACUAGGCAUUGCUACAUGACUUCAGUCUCACGACCUCAGAGGGAUAAGCAAGUAGCAAACCCAGAACUAACUCAGCUUGAAGUCCCAGCUACACAGUAGGUAAUGGGUGUAGAACUACCAGAUAACAAACUUAAAGGAGAAGACAGAGCCACCCCAGCAGAAGAGGUGGAAGAGGUACAGCUCGACGACAAUGACCCCACUAAAAAGACACAGAUGGACACCAAGCUGAGCUUUGAAGAACAGGCCGAGCUCAUCGACUUUUUGAAGUCAAAUAAAGACGCAUUUGCUUGGAUCUCAACUGAUAUGCCGAGCAUACCCACCUCUGUUGCAAUAGGGUUUGUAAGAAGGGUAGACUACUGUAAAUGGAUUGCCAAUCCGGUUUUAAUCAAGAAGUCGAAUGGAAAAUGGAGAAUGUGUAUUGAUUACACAAAUCUAAAUGAGGCUUGCCUAAAGGACUGCCACGUUUUGUCGAGUAUAGAUAAGCUGGUGGAAGCUGCGUUAGGAAACGAAAGACUUAGCCCUUUGGAUGUUUACUCGAGAUAUCACCAAGUCCACAUGGCACCUGAGGACGAGGUGAAGAUCUCCUUCUAUGCAGGUGACGAGAUCUAUUACUAUGUAAUGAUGCCGCUUGGGUUCAAGAAUGCCGGGGCUACAUAUCAGAAGAUGGUGACAAUUGUGUUCCGAUCUCAGAUAGGCGGGAAUCUAGAAGUCUACGUUGAUGGCAUAGUGGUUAAAAGUCUCAAGGUAGUGGAUCACUUGACCGACUUGGCAGAAACAUUUAACAACCUAAGAACACACCGCAUGAGAUUGAAUCCAACCAAGUAUGUCUUUGGUGUUGAAUCCGGUAAAUUCUUGAGGUUCAUAGUCUCAAGGAGGGGGAUAGAGAUUAAUCUUGAGAAGAUCAAGGUAAUAAAAGAGAUGAAGCCACCGAGGUCAAUUAAAGCUGUGCAGCGCUUAACUGGGAGAGUAGGAGCUUUGCACAAGUUCAUAUCGAAGUCUGCAAAAAAAUGUUUGCCUUUCUUCAAAAUCCUGAGAUUCAUGGCCCAUAAAGAUGAAGCAAGGAAGUCCAAGAAGUUUGAAUGGACCUCAAAGUGUCUUACCGCCUUCGAUGAACUUAAGUCGUACCUUGACUCACCACCUCUAUUAACUAAGGCCAAAGAAGGUGAAAUUCUUUAUCUCUACCUUGGGAUAUCUAAUGCAGCAAUAAGCUUAGUCUUAGUUAGAGAGGUAGGAAAACAGCAGAAGCUAAUAUACUAUGCCAACAAGGUGCUACAAGGAGUCGAGCUGUGUGAGCACGCCCUAAAAUUCAAUUUCGAAGCAACGAACAAUAUGGCCAAGUAUGAGGCACUUCUCCUCGGGCUUCGCUUAGCAGCAGAGCUGAAGGUCAAAUCCCUACAGGUUUAUAGUGACUCACAACUCAUAGUCAACCAAGUCAACUCUACAUGUGAGGUCACAGACCUCACCCUAGUCAAAUACUUAGCCGUGGUUUUCAAGCUCAAAAGCCAGUUUGAAAGAUUUCAGCUCACAAAAAAGUCAAGGUCAAAAAAUGAACAUGCUAACUCAUUAUCAAAAUUAGCCUCCGACAGCUCAAGUGGAUUGAGGUCAGUCUUCAUCGAAGUCCUAGACGAACCCAGCUUCCAGGGGUUACAGGUGAUGGAGGUUAGCCCCUAUCCUGAAACCCCCAGUUGGAUCGAUCCCAUUAAAACUUAUCUCCGGGAUGGGACUGUCCUAGUUGACAAACAAGAAGAGAUGAAGUUGCAAAGGAAGGCAUCUCGGUAUACCUUGGUGGAUGGUGUCCUAUAUAAGAGGUCAUACUCGUUCCCUCUUCUUCACUGUUUGACCCCUUAUGAGGUCGAGUACGCUUCUCGCGAGAUGCAUGAGGGUGUAUGUGGGAAUCAUGUCGGAGCUCGAACCUUGGCCCACAAGUGGGGGAUUGACCUCCUAAGUCCUUUUAUCAAGGGUACAGGAGGAGUAACACACCUUGUCAUGGCAGUCGAUUACUUCACAAAGUCUGUGGAAACUCGACCUCUUUCUAGCUUGACCUUGAGAAAGAUUGAAGACUUUGUUUUUAGUUCAAUCAUAUGCAGAUACGGAAUUCCAAAUCAAGUUGUUGCCGACAAUGGACGUCAGUUCAACUUCACCUCGUUCAAAGACUUUUGUUCUAGCUAUGGGAUUAAGUUGGUGUUCACCUCUGUUUAUUAUCCUAAGGCAAAUGGAAUGGUUGAGUCUGUCAAUAAGGCCAUCCUGGAAGGAAUUAAACUGAGGCUAGAUCAGGUUAAAGCCAAGCGGGCAGACGAGCUCAACAAUGUCCUAUGGGCCUACUGAACGAUGAGCCGAACAGCCACAGGUAUGCAACUUAACUAGCUUUUUAUUCUAAUACCAUUAGUCGCUAUAUGAAAUGAACCCUAAAAUUCUAA